CCCCAAGAAGUUGGCUACUACAAUCAUAUGAUAAAAUAAAAUUGCAGUACAGUUUCAGUCCCAAAGAACUCAGAAAAAAAGAAGAAAAAAAAAAAAGAUGGCUUUGAGAUUCUCUCUUUUCCUCUUCAUCUUUUCUCUAUGCUUCAUCUGUGAUUUUACAGCAAUAUCUGCACAAAGAGAUGAUGAAGAUAUGGUCAUUAAAACCAUGGAGGAUUUUUCUGGAUAUCCAAUUCAUGAACCUAACAACUAUCCCAAUUCCUUAUCUUCUUUAUCUGUCAACUCUGAAACUCUGCAGAAACAGAUAGAUGAGCUAGCAACUUUCUCGGAUUCGCCUGCGCCUUCAGUCACUAGGAUCCUAUACAGUGAGAAGGAUGUAUUAGCAAGGAGGUAUAUUAAAGAUUUGAUGGAACUUUCUGGUCUCUCUGUCAAAGAGGAUGCCGUGGGGAACAUUUUUGGUCGGUGGAAUGGCUAUGAACCUGAGCUUGCCCCCGUUUUAACUGGCUCUCACGUUGAUGCUAUACCAUACUCCGGGAAAUAUGAUGGCGUGGUUGGUGUUUUGGGUGCAAUAGAGGCCAUCAAUGUGCUAAAGCGGUCGGGUCUCAAGCCUAAGAGGUCACUAGAAGUGAUUAUGUUCACCUCAGAAGAGCCCACGAGGUUUGGGAUCAGCUGUCUGGGAAGCCGUUUGCUGGCAGGAAAUGUAGAACUUGCAGAACUUCUGAAGAAGACUGUUGACAGCCAGAAUAUUUCCUUUUCUGAUGCUGCCAAGUCUGCUGGUUACGCAAGUGCUAUGGGGGAUUUAUCUGAAGUCUUUCUCAAAAGAGGAAGCUAUUCUGCUUUCGUCGAGUUGCACAUAGAGCAAGGUCCCAUUCUAGAAAAAGAAGGUACUUCCAUUGGUGUUGUGACUGCAAUUGCCGCUCCAGCAAGCGUCAAAGUAACAUUUGAAGGCAAUGGAGGCCAUGCAGGAGCUGCACUAAUGCCAGAAAGAAACGACGCGGGACUGGCUGCUGCAGAGUUGGCUCUAGCUGUGGAGAAACAUGUACUAGAUUCAGGAUCCAUUGACACUGUUGGAACUGUUGGCAUUCUGACGCUGCAUCCUGGAGCAAUUAACAGCAUCCCAAGCAUGGCACACCUUGAAAUAGAUACACGUGACAUUGAUGAAAGCCGUCGAAAUCUUGUAAUUGAGAAAAUCCAUCAGUCAGCUUUGGCCAUCGCUAAGAAACGCAAGGUUAUACUCUCAGAAUUUGAAAUAGUGAAUCAAGAUCCACCAGCCCUUUCAGAUGAAUCAAUCACUAAGGCGACAGAAUUAGCAUGUCAAGAGCUAAAUUUAACUCACAAGAAAAUGAUUAGUCGAGCCUAUCAUGAUUCCCUGUUUAUGGCAAGAGUAUCCCCGAUGGGCAUGAUAUUCAUUCCUUGUUACAAGGGAUAUAGCCAUAAGCCUGAAGAAUUUUCAUCAGUUGAGGACAUUGCGAAUGGGGUAAAAGUUCUAGCAUUAACACUUUCCAAAUUAUCCCUUUCAUAAUGCCUCAUCUCUUAAUGUAGUGAAUACGUCCUACUGCUUCAGAGCAUCUGUAUUUUUACUUCUACAAGUAAUUUAGAGAGAGUGGAUUUUGCUCCUAUGUCUCUAUAGCAGUUGGCAUUGUUAACAAAUCAUUUCACUUCAUCUGUAACAGCCAAUUGCUUCCAUUUUUAGUUAUGUAGAAUAAUAAUUUAAAUGCAAGCAACUUCGUUAA